UGCAUGUCAGCUUCCAUUCCAAUGAUUCCAUUCUUCAUGUCCGCCCAGUGUCCGAUUGACUUUAUCUUUCAAUGGAUUGUUACUUAAAGAAGACAACUCCUUACGACGUGGUCCCAAGUUGUCUCCCACUCUCAAGCAAAUGGCCAUCCCCAAAAUAUUCAGCGAUACAUUCGUCUUCGCUUGGGACUUUCUCCUCACUCUCACUAACAUCGUUACACCCAGCAUCAAGGCUGGGCACGUCGUACCUGAGGGGCAUGCCGGAGCAGGGGGCAAAUGGCCAGAGUAUGUGCCGCCUGGAGAAGAUGAUAGUCGGAGUGCGUGUCCUAUGUUGAAUGCUCUGGCAAAUCACGGUAUCUUGCCACACGAUGGAAAGAAUAUAUCUUUCAAGGCGAUGAAUGAGACUGUUCGCUCAACGUACAACUUUGCUCCCUCCUUUUGUUAUUUUGUGCCGAAUUACAUUGCGGGGAUUUUGAAGAAGGAUUACUCAAAAGACACAUUCGACCUGGCCGAGAUUAGUCUGCACAACGGGAUAGAACAUGAUGCUUCAUUGACUCGUCAGGAUACCUUCCAUCAACCUGACCAAGGGAAACCCCACGUUCCCUUCGUUGAAGAGCUCCUCCAAUCAGCCUCUGGACAAGAUUCAAAGAAUAAAAACAGUACUGAGGAUGUACUGCUAACCUCGGAAGACCUUGCGCGAUACAGUGCCAAACGUCGGACGGAAGCAAAAGUGCACAACCCGGACUUCUCGUUGAGCGCAUUUCAUAAAGCUUUUGGAAGCUCCAACUCUGCAACCCUUCUUCGCAUCUUCGGAGGCCGAGUCUCUGACCUGCGCCCGUUUCUCAUCGAGGAGCGCAUUCCGGAAGGAUGGGAGCCUUCGGUUCGAUCCCGUGUUGGACUUACCAUGGCGGCAUUCAACCUGACUGUGCUUCCUUUGGAAACCGCAACUGAAAGGUUCAUGAAAGUACUCGCAAAGGAUGUACAAAAGCCGACUGAAGUUGCGAAUUACGGUGCGACAGGUAUCACUGAGGCGAACACGUAGGGCGGCCCGGAGUACACUUAGCAGUCAUCUUGAAGGCCUUCGUAUUACUUACAAUAAAUCUAUGCAUUUAUCACCUUGCUUGCAAACUAUGUAUACCCACUUGCGUUGUUAGUCUACAA